AUGGCCCGUAUCGAUCCCAACGAUCCUCAAUGUCUACUCGGCAUGAAAAUCGGCCCCGGCGACCAUCUGACCUUGCACCACGUGCUCGGCGUUGGCUCAUUCGCCGUCGUGUACGAGGCCUCCUCCACUAGGUCGCCCUCUACCCAAUACGCGGUCAAGGCGUUGUUCAAGCAGAACCUGGAACCUGAACAACUCGCCGCUCAAAAGCUCGAGGCUGAAAUCAUGUCUACCAUCCUUCCUCAGCACGACAACGUCGUUAGAAUCUAUGAUGUCAUCGACACCAAGGAUUGCCUCUUCCUCGUCAUGGAAAACUGCGAGGGAGACUUGUUUGAGAUGCUCGAGACCGGCGGCCUGCGAGAGGAUGACGUAUCCUUCUACUUCAAUCAGAUAUGCGCUGCCGUCUUGCACGCUCACGACCACGGCAUCUAUCAUCGCGAUCUCAAGCCCGAGAACAUUCUUGUCUCAUCGGACAUGCUCAAGCUCUCCGACUUUGGUCUUGCCACGACAGAGAAGAAGUCCAGGGAAAUUGGCGUCGGAUCGGUUCGUUACAUGUCCCCUGAAUGUUUCGAUGGUUAUGACUACGACUGUGCUUCGAACGAUGCGUGGGCGCUUGGAAUCAUCCUUAUCAAUCUCGUGACCGGUACGAACCCCUGGAUCGAGCCGUCUGUGCGCUCCGAUAUCAACUACGCUCAGUUUGACAAGGAAGGCGUCGAGUGCCUGAAGAGACGGUUCGGUUUCACUGACGAGUUCACUCAAGUUUUGGAUCAGAUCUUCCGCCUUCGCGUCGGAGUUGAGCGCAUGUGCGAACUCGUGGCUCAGACCAAGACUUUUGUCAACCCGAUUGUUGAUGAAGACGUCGAUGAGCGUCAGUACCGCGUGCCGGAUGUUGUGGUCAGCAGCCCAAUUGAUACACCUGCGAAGCCGACUACGUUCACGCCCGUCGGUGUCAGCUCUAGCCCGUUCUCUAUCACUGGGUUCGACUGGGCUGCGGACGAUGAUGAGAUGGACUACAGCGUUCUCCCCGUCUUUGGGACAUCGCCCACGAAAAUCGAUUCCGACGCGGGAAUGGAAAGUCAAAAGGGGAAACUGGCUCUCAGCGACAAGCAAAGCAACUCUUCGUCCGUCCGGUCCACAGUUUCUGACGAUGAGUCUCCGUUCGCCUUUGAACAACACGAGGAGGAAGAAGAGGAGGCCGCCCAAGUUGAACGUGCAUCCACACCCACGCCUCCGCCGCCCACUCCCGUGUCCAACCGCCGUGGUCGUCGUCACAACAACAAGCGCCGCCCCGUCGUUCCCGCAAAUGUCAAGCCCAACCCGAACUCACCGGCCAUGCCCGCGACCGAGCUCAUUCGGAGCACCAUCACCAGCCUGCAAUGUUUCCUGUCUGGUGUCGGCGACAAGGUCGUGCAAGAGACCAGGCGUGGGGGCGUACAGACGAAGAAUUUUCCUUCCUCUCCCUUGUUGCUGGGUAUGAUCCUCACCUUCGAACUCGCCGAGCCCGGACCCAUCGCAGAAAACAAAACAUUCUUGAUGGAAAACGAUUCAUUUUUCCGUGUGCGGCAUAAGAACAUGAAAAGUGUUGUGCAUAUCGAAUUGAAAAUUCUAGUUCUUCUUGAGUGGAGGGAUGAGAGGAGGGAUGAGAGGAUUGUGGAAUACGGCGCCCUGCGUGGUGCCCGGGGCAUGAUGGACUCUCGCUUCCACCCGUACGGCCGUCCCGCAGGCGGCGGAUAUAGGGGAUCCAGCCGUGCUGAUGUCUCGAGGCGCAGCGAGCGCUACGUUGGGUACGGCGGCGUGCCCCACGGACCUCGCGGUGGACCCAUCAUGCAACGGGGCGACUGGAGGUGCGAGAGAACCGGCUGCGGUUUCCAAAAUUUUGCCUCGCGAAAGGAAUGCUUACGUUGGGGGUCGCGCCGCCCAAACCGCAGCGGCAAUGGGCGGGGCCGUGGGGUGUUGGGGGGCGGGGGCUCCCACAUCCCAACGAAGAGUCGCCUUCAUGGGCGCAAGUGUUCCGUGCAUCAACAAGAAGCAGAAUCGGAUGAUUCAGAGGCGAAAUGGGAGGAGGAUCGGGCGGAUAAGGAAUCCUACAAGCGGAUGGGAGAUAUGAAUUGGGAUCGAGGGGAGAGAGAAGAUAGGGAGGAUGUCGAGGGCGGGGAAAAAAGGGAAGGGAUGAAUGGGUUUGGUCUGGGUAUGGGAUCUGCCACGUCGAGACCCCCGGAGGGCAAAGGCAACUACGGUCGCGGGUCGGCGAAAAACACUGCAACCCCAAAUGAUCUCCACGCCCAAGAACUAGAAUCUGGUGGCAAAAAGCAAAAAAUCGUGACGAGAGUGGGAUUUGAACCCACGCCUCCGGAGAGAUCAGGGCCUUAA